GAUUGUUUCGUUCAUAGAUAACAACUUGAAAAUCUCAAGUUGACCCAUCCUCGUUCGAUUAAGCAAAGUGUUGUGGUGAUAAGAAUGACCUUGGGAUUCACAGACUAUUGUUAUUAAUAUUGACAAUUUAACAUAACCUUAAAUAGGCGUGAGUGUAUUGUUUUUUUCAGUGGGGCUAUCGUGGAUUACUGAAAUGCACUCGGUUCAAACUGAUAUAAUUAAACAAGGUUUUAUGGUUAAAAGAUCACAGAAUAAAAAACCCUAUACUUCAGUGAACUACAAGAAACGGUGGUUGUCUUUAACUAGUCGAUAUCUUAUCUAUUCCGAUAAUACUCCGGAAAAUAAAAGUGAAAUAAAAGGACGCAUCGACUUGCAAAACGUGCACACAAUAGAAGUUGCGAACAAAUUUAUCGGCGUCAAGGAUGCUAAAGGCGAACCCUUUUUGAUUGGCUAUCACGGAGAUGAGGACUAUACUUUGUUUUUAAUCGCCACCGAUCCGAAAGAAAGAAGCGACUGGAUAAUCGCGUUAAGAACAGUAUGUGCUGACAAUAAGAACGUUAAACCAUUUUAUCAUCCUGUGCCGUUGUCAGGAAAACGGUGGCCCUGUUGCGACGCAAAUCGUAACGCAGACGGUUGCAAAGAGUGCGAGGUGUGGUCCCUGAGGCCCACCAACAAGGAAAUUUCCACACGCAAUAAGGAGAACGACCUUCCAAACGGUAGUAGUCAAACUCAGCAGCAGCAACAAGUAUCCCCCAUAAUGCCUGGUGGUGCUGCACCCGGAACCCCUUCAUCCACCAAACCAAAAACGAAAGUAGUUGUGGCCCUCUUUAAGUACAAAGCCUCCGAGAGUGGCGACCUGUCGCUCGACAAGAACCAGGAGUACGAAGUUAUCGAUGAUUCACAGGAACACUGGUGGAAAGUUAAGGAUUCUAAAGGGAACACUGGUUAUAUUCCGAGCAAUUACGUAAAAGAAAAAGAGUUAUUAGGAUUACAGCAGUAUGAAUGGUAUGUUAAUGAUAUGUCGAGGCAAAGAUCAGAAUCUCUGCUCAAGCAAGAAGAUAAGGAAGGGUGCUUUGUUGUCAGAAAUUCUUCCACAAAGGGAUUAUACACUCUUUCAUUGUACACAAAAGUUCAACAGCCACAUGUGAAACACUAUCACAUCAAACAAAAUUCAAGAGGAGAAUUUUUCCUCUCUGAAAAACAUUGUUGUAUCUCCAUUCCAGACCUAAUAAAUUACCAUAAGCACAAUAGUGGAGGACUGGCCUCCAGACUGAAAACAACACCCUGUGAUAGAGCUGCUCCUGCAACAGCUGGCCUUAGCCACGAUAAAUGGGAGAUAGAUCACAAUGAGCUCAUGUUAAAUGAAGAAUUGGGGUCUGGCCAGUUUGGUGUUGUAAGAAAAGGGAAAUGGAGAGGGUCCAUUGAAGUAGCUGUGAAAAUGAUGAAGGAGGGAACUAUGUCUGAGGAUGAUUUUAUAGAGGAAGCCAAAGUUAUGACAAAAUUGCAACAUACAAAUCUAGUUCAGUUGUAUGGAGUGUGUAGUAAAAAAAGACCAAUUUUUAUUGUAACUGAAUACAUGAAAUAUGGGUCUCUUCUUAACCAUUUGAGGAGAUAUGAAACAACAUUAUGCAAUAAUAGAGGACUAUUGCUUGAUAUGUGCAUACAAGUUUGUAAAGGAAUGGCUUAUCUGGAAAGGCACAACUACAUUCAUCGAGAUCUGGCCGCAAGGAACUGUUUGGUUGGCACGGAAAACAUAGUCAAAGUUGCCGAUUUUGGAUUGGCGCGCUACGUUUUGGACGAUCAGUACACAUCGUCUGGGGGAUCUAAAUUCCCCAUAAAGUGGGCUCCCCCCGAAGUGCUUAACUAUACCAGGUUCUCCUCAAAAUCCGACAUUUGGGCGUAUGGUGUUUUGAUGUGGGAAGUGUUCUCUUGUGGCAAAAUGCCCUAUGGAAGGCUUAAGAACACCGAAGUCGUUGAAAGGGUUCAAAAGGGUUUGAUUUUGGAACAACCAAAGGCUUGUUAUAAAGAGGUUUAUGAUGUGAUGCGCAAAUGUUGGAGCCACUUGCCCGAAAACCGGCCUUCAUUUAGGGUGCUAAAGGACCAAUUGCUGACCAUAUCGCAGCGCAUCCUGGUCGACUGACUGGCCCAGCUGGUCUGCGAAACGGUGUCGCGCAGUUCAUCGUCGUCAACGUCGACCUGCGACCUGUGCAGCAACUACGACCAGGCGUGGAUGGGUAUUUGUCGCACGCUAUGUCGCGAAGCCAGGAAGACCAAACGAACUAGCGACUGUUAUGAGAAGUAAGCAGUCAACUUAUUACUUGUAGGGUAAACAAUGUUUACAAUAUUCUAAAUCGUAAUGUUUAAAUGAAUGUUAAAGGGCUCUUCACAGGCUUUCAAUAUAAUUAGGUUUUUUAACAAUUUUCAUGGAAUGAAGUUAUACGUGAUAGUUUUUAUAUCUAUUAGAAACUAUUUAAAAAUAAAUUGUACAGGGUGUUCUACAGUCACCUGAAAAUAUUU